GAACACAGGAAGAUAGGGGGAAGAUUUGUAUGUUGGACAGGAAGUUGCGCUUCGGAGUCACAUUGAAUAUUUAAAAGAACCACAGCUCUCGGUGGCGGCUAGCCGGGAGACGGCUGCCCUUCAUUCUAAUGACUUCAUAUACAUCAUAGUAUACGCCAGAAUGUUUCUUUCGAGGGUGGCCUUGAGCCUGAACGCUAUAUCUAGGGUUCCUGGUGCUGUGACGGCCGGUGUUGCCGUGAGACGGCUCUGCUCGCCCCCCCCCGCCUGCUGCUACUCCACGGCCCCCACAGGGAGCCCCCUGCCCCCCCGGAGAUGGACGGCCCUGGACCCGGAGCUGGAGGAGGCGCUGGUCCCCCGCAAGAUGUCGGUGUCCCCGCUGGAGAGCUGGCUCUCCCUGCGCUACUCGCUGCCCCCGGUGCCCGGCGACGAGGUGGCGCCCCCGGUGGACGGGAGGACCGAGGACCGGUCCGCGCUGCUGCCCCCGGCUGUGGAGCCCGUCCUGGGGGACCGGGACCGGGGCGAGGGCGCCCCCGCCUCCCCGCUGAGCUGUAAGAACGUUAUGGAGAUCCGCCGGCGCAAGAUGAACAGACACAAAUACAGGAAGCUCAUGCAGCGCACCGUCUUCCUGCGCAAGAGAGUGCUGCACGGCCGCAGCAAGAAAAAACAAAGCAAGUUCGAGAAGGACCUCCAGAGGAUCUGGUUUCGAGCAGGGCUGAGAAAGCCUGCUGAGGGCUGGAACGCCCCCAAGAUCUUCAUCCGACAGAACAAGAGCAAGAGACACUGAUACACAGUCACACUCACACUCACACACACACACUCUCUCACGUACCGCAUACACACACACACACACUCACACUCUCAAACUCACGCGCACACACACACACACACACUCACACACUCACACACUCACACACUCACAUACCACAUACACACACACACACACACACUCUCUCUCACACACACACACACACACACACACACACACACAUACACACACACACACACACACAUACACAUGCGCGCACACCAUCUGGAAGCCGUCAUACCUCCAUGGCGUGUCACACACUCGCUGAUGACCUCACCCCAGAAGCAGCAGAGAUCACACGCUCCACUGAGGGGUGUGCUGGGGGCCUCACUCCUGGUCCUGGAGAGCCGCAGGGUGUGCUGGGGGCCUCACUCCUGGUCCUGGAGAGCCGCAAGGUGUGCUGGGGUCCUCACUCCUGGUCCUGGAGAGCCGCAGGGUGUGCUGGGGUCCUCACUCCUGGUCCUGGAGAGCCGCAGGGUGUGCUGGGGUCCUCACUCCUGGUCCUGGAGAGCCACAGGGUCUGGCAGUUUUUGUUUUUGCCUUAAUAUCAGCAACCAAUUCAGUCCCAAGAAACCAGGUGAGGUGAAUUAACUGUGUAAUUAACAGCUUUAAUUGAUCAAUUAAGUGCAACAACAAAACCCAGCACACCCUGCGGCUCUCCAGGACCAGGAGUGAGGACCCCAGCUCUGGUGUGUUAAUCUUGUGCUCUUGAGCCAAGCUAAUUGUGAACAGGAGAUCAACUAAAUAAACAGUUAUUUUCAUGUGAAUAAUCGAGCUGUAUUUAUGUAAUUUGUUGUUCAGCAUGGUUCUUAUUUAACAGGCAUCACAGUUUUUUGUCAGAGGAAUUAAUACUUUUCUCCUAGGUAAUUUACUGUAGAGUUAGUGUGACUGAUUGGCCAGACUGCCAUCACACCUGACUCCCAGGUAAAAGGAGGCCGGAAAAACCUGCAGUUCACUGCCCUGGAGAGCCAUGAUUGAAUGAUCCCUGGCCGAGAUUUUUAGACUGAUGCAACUGCACAAUAUAUUCACUAGGGGUCAGCAGAGUUCAAAUUUAGAAUAGUUUUGCGACGGUUCGGUCUGUGUCAGAGACAUGGAGAACGCUAUCUUCGACCGCGUGACCUAGUGCUAAUAUG